AUGAGAACGGAGCUCAAAUUUUCCAAGAGGGACAAGUACGAGAAAUCCGUCUAUGAGUGUUGGGUGGAAGAGAUGACAAAGGGUCAGCUCAAGCUCCUGCAGAAAGAAUGCUGGGAGGAGAAGAUGAUGGCGAGCAUCGCUGCAGGAAAGAUGGAUGACUGCAAGGAUUUUCCGGACAUGAUGGGUUCAGAUCAUUCUGGCAGCGGCUCUGACGAGAGCAGCUGCAGUGACAGUGACAGUGAAUCAGCAACAUCAACUCCCAAGAAAGGAAAAAAAGCAUCCAAAAAGAAAGACAAGAAGCACGCAAAGUCCAAGCAAAGCAAGAAAAACAAGAAGACAAAGAAUGCCAAGAAAGGAUCGCCUCAUGAGGCAAUCGAGAAUGCCGCGGAAUCCCUCAACCAGGCGUUGGCGACAAUCAACGAUUAUGGGGUGAAGUUCUCGGACUUCCAUGAUCAGAUUGCCGAGAUCAAGGCUACCUAUGUUGGCAAGAAGUCUCUGGACAAUGCGUCUUUGCAGGAGCUCAAGAACAUCAUUUCGGAUGCCGAGAAGACGACGUUGCUGAAGGCGGAUAAGAAGGAUGAUUCCCUGAGCGCAGGGUCCAUCGAAACGGCAGAAGAUCGCUGGUCCUGUGGCCCGAUCAAUUGGGGAAUGUUGCCCAAGGUUCUGAAGGAGUUUGGCUUGCAGGCCGAUGUGCCAGUUACAUUUGCUGAUAUCGGUCGUUUGCGGCAAAGGUUCGAAGAGAAGUUCUGGGCACAACUUUUUGGGCAGCACGUACCUUUCAAGGUGACUCUGGACGACUACAAUCUCUUGGGCAAGGGAAGCUUUGCUACUCGGCGAUGGUUCAAGGGGGCCGACACGACAAUCCUUUCCAAGUACUUGGAGCACCUCUAUUUGCGAAUUCUGGCUGAUUGCUCUGAGGAAGAGGAAAACAUUCUCACAACUGUUUAUGAAGGACUUGUGGCGAUCAAUCACUUUAUGAGCUCUGUCUACAACCAACCGUUGAUUGUGCAACCAGCUGAUUCGGGCAAGAAUGCCGAAUACGGCUUACUUUUCAUGCGCGCUUUUAAUGGGGCUGCACUGGAUGCACUUGGUCUCAGAAG